GAGUAGUUCUGUAUAUCCAUCAGAAUCUGAACUUUUCCAUAGAAAAAAGAAAAGAGAGAAAUGGGUCCUUUUUGUCUAGUACUUUCCUUCUCUUUAAUCACAUUGUUUCUGCUUGCUCACCCGGCACUUGGAAUCACAAGGCACUACAAGUUUGAUAUCAACUUGCAAAAUGUGACGCGUCUGUGCCACACCAAGAGUAUUGUAUCUGUAAAUGGGCAGUUUCCAGGGCCUCGCAUUGUUGCAAGAGAGGGUGACCAGCUUCUUAUCAAAGUCGUUAACCAUGUCCAAAACAAUAUUUCCAUCCAUUGGCAUGGCAUCCGGCAGCUUCGAAGCGGAUGGGCUGAUGGACCAGCAUAUAUAACACAAUGCCCUAUUCAAACAGGGCACAGCUAUGUGUAUAACUUUACCAUUGUUGGGCAGAGAGGUACUCUGUGGUGGCAUGCUCAUAUAUCAUGGCUAAGAUCAACUCUCCAUGGUCCCAUCAUCAUCCUUCCCAAGCGCGGCGUUCCUUAUCCCUUUGCUAAACCUUACAAGGAAGUCCCCGUCAUCUUUGGAGAAUGGUUCAAUGCAGAUACUGAGGCUAUUAUUAGCCAAGCUCUUCAAACAGGUGGAGGCCCAAAUGUAUCUGAUGCCUAUACCAUGAAUGGACUUCCAGGACCUUUAUAUAACUGCUCCACUAAAGAUACAUUCAAGCUGAAGGUGAAACCUGGAAAAAUUUACCUUCUCCGUUUAAUCAAUGCUGCACUCAACGACGAGCUCUUCUUUAGCAUAGCAAACCACACGAUUACAGUUGUGGAUGUGGAUGCUGUUUAUGUGAAACCUUUUGAGACUGAAAUUAUACUGAUUGCUCCUGGACAAACAACAAAUGUUCUUCUGAAAACCAAAUCCCAUUACCCAAGUGCAACAUUUUUCAUGACUGCUAGACCUUAUGUAACUGGCCAAGGCACUUUCGACAAUUCAACUGUUGCUGGUAUUUUAGAAUAUGAAAACCCACAUAAAUUUCAUUCUUCCAACUCCAAAAAGCUUCAACUCUUUAAACCAGUUCUGCCUCCUCUCAAUGACACAUCUUUUGCCACAAAUUUCACUAAUAAACUUCAUAGUUUGGCAAGUCCACAAUUCCCUGCCAAUGUGCCCCAACAGGUUGACAAGCAAUUCCUCUUCACUGUGGGCUUGGGAGCAAGUCCCUGCCACAGCAACCAAACUUGCCAAGGCCCUAAUGGAACCAUGUUUCAGGCUUCUAUCAAUAAUGUGUCCUUUGUAAUGCCAACCACAGCUCUACUCCAAUCUCAUUUUUCCGGCCAAUCAAACGGUGUUUACACUCCUGAUUUUCCUACUUAUCCGUUGAUUCCAUUCAAUUACACGGGUAGCCCACCGAAUAAUACUAUGGUAAGCAAUGGAACAAAGUUAGUGGUGCUUCCUUUUAAUACUAGUGUGGAGCUAAUUAUGCAGGACACAAGCAUACUAGGUGCUGAAAGCCACCCUCUUCACUUGCAUGGUUUCAAUUUCUUCGUUGUUGGUCAAGGUUUCGGAAACUUCGACCCGAAUAAGGACCCUGCAAACUUCAAUCUUGUUGACCCUAUUGAAAGGAACACAGUAGGCGUGCCUUCGGGCGGAUGGGUGGCAAUCCGGUUUCUUGCAGACAAUCCUGGGGUGUGGUUCAUGCACUGCCACCUGGAAGUUCACACCAGCUGGGGUUUGAAGAUGGCCUGGAUUGUCUUAGAUGGAAAGCUUCCCAAUCAGAAGCUACUUCCUCCACCAGCUGAUCUUCCCAAGUGUUAACAACAAUCUUACUCAAUUCUGCAGAACAACCAACUAAUGGCCUCGGCUGAUUUAAGUCCAAUGAUCGAUUGAUGUUGAGUUUAAUAGGGAAGAGAAAGAGUUGACAUUUUUUUAAUAAUCAUUGCAAUGUUAAUUAUAAUUUCAAGCAAUAUUUACUCAUCAGUGGAUGAAUUAUUUUAUGGUUUAGCCGGGAAUUUCUUUUCUCUGGUCAUUUUGACAUUAGUGUGACAAUAAAGUAUUCCUCUAAGGAUGAUAUUCUGGGGUCA